AUGUCCUACGACGACCGCGCCAAUGCGCGCCCCAACAUCAACGAUGAGUCCGAUGUCGAGGAGGAGGCUCUGGUCAACGACUACCGUGAGCAGGUCAAUUAUGAUGACAGCUUGAGUGAUUUGGACCGGACGACUUCCCUCGGUGGUGCCGCCGCCCAGGACCUUCAGGCACAAUUAGCUGCUGCCGCUACCCCGCUGGAGUACCAGGCUACUCUGGAGACCAAGUUUGCUAGUUACGAUAACUACUGCAGUCUCUUCCACUACAUUCUCAACUCGGAUGGGCCUGUGGACCUUGAAGUUCCCUCGUAUUACUGGGCUUGGGACGUUAUCGAUGAAUUCAUCUACCAAUUCGAAUCAUUCUGCCGCUACCGCACGAGAGUCGCUCGCACCGGAUCCAACGAGGAGGAAGCACAAGUCCUCCGCGAGAACCCCAACACAUGGGGUUGCUACUCAGUUCUGAAUGUCCUUUACUCUCUCAUCCAGCGCUCUCAAAUCAACGAGCAACUUGCAGCUAUCAAGCGCGGUGAGGAUCCCGUCGCUUUCGCGGGAGAGUACGGCUCGCGCCCUCUUUACAAGAUGCUUGGCUACUUCUCCAUCGUUGGGCUGCUCCGUGUGCACUGUUUGCUCGGUGACUUCAGCUUGGCUUUGAAGACCCUCGAUGACAUCGAGAUGAACAAGAAGGCCAUGUUCGCCCGUGUGAUGGCCGCUCACUUCACUACCUACUACUACGUGGGAUUUUCCUAUAUGAUGAUGCGCCGCUAUGCCGACGCCAUUCGCAUGUUCAGCCACAUCUUAGUGUACGUAUCACGCACGAAGAACUUCCAGAAGGGCGGCAACAGCUACGACGCUAUUGCCAAGAAGAACGACCAGAUGUACGCUUUGAUCGCCAUCUGCGUUGCUCUCCACCCUACUCGUCUGGAUGACACCAUCCACUCUGCUGUGCGUGAGAAGUACGGCGAGCAGUUCCACCGCAUGCAGCAGGGUGGUCCCGAGUCUCUCCCCGUUUUCGAGGAGCUGUUUCGUUCCGCCUGCCCCAAGUUCAUCAGCCCUACUCCUCCUGACUUCGAGAACCCCGCCUACAACGUCGACCCCGUUGACCACCACACCGCCAUCUUCAUGGACGAGGUCAAGAACACUGUGUUCAACCCUACCAUUCGCUCUUACCUCAAGCUCUACACCACUAUGGACCUGAAGAAAUUAGCUGGGUUCCUCGAGGUCGAGUCCGACCAACUUCGCUCUUGGCUCUUGGUCAACAAGCAACGUAGCCGCCAGAUCCGCUGGGUUGAGGGAGGUCUACUUGAGGGCGAGCCCGUCAUCUCCAACGACCUUGAUUAUGCUAUCGAGGAUGACCUGAUCCAUGUCAGCGAGACCAAGGCCGGUCGCCGCCUGGUGGACUGGUACCUGCGCAACCUUGCUCGCGUCUACUAA